UUGAGUUCCUUACUAAGCUUUUCAAUAGUAAGAAGCAAAAAUGAAGUUUUUAGUUCUUGCUUUGUGCAUUGCUGCAGCCAGUUGUGAUCUUGUUCCAUUAGUUGACGAUCAAGCAAUCUUAAUUAGAUCAUCAUGGGAUGAAGUCAAACAUAAUGAAGUUGACAUUCUCUACGCAAUUUUCAAGGCCAAUCCAGACAUUCAAGCUCGUUUCCCACAGUUUGCUGGAAAAGAUUUGGACUCAAUAAAGACGACUGGUCAGUUUGCUGUACAUGCAGGAAGAAUAGUAGGAGUCUUCUCCGAAAUUUCCGCUCUUCAGCCAGACGAAUCAGGUAUUUCAGCCGCAAAGACUCUCAUAAAUGCAUUGGGAGCUAGUCAUAGAGGUCGUGGAAUCUCAAAGGCUCAAUUUAACGAAUUCCGUGCCUCAUUAAUUACUUAUCUAUCACAAAAUGUAUCAUGGGGUGAUAAUGUAGCUCAAGCUUGGGAAAAAGGAUUUAAUAAUGUUUAUUUCAUUCUUUUCAAUGCUCUUGAUGGCACUCCUAUAUAAAAGUUUGUUGUGAAUUAAAAUAAAAUUUUUUUUGAUCCAA